UUUGGGGAGGACAGGUCGCAGCUUGGCUAUGGAAGGCUCCAAUGGCUUUGGGAUCGACUCCAUUCUCUCCCACCGUGCGGGCAGCCCCGCCCUUCCCAAGGGGGACCCCUUGCUUGGGGACUGCCGCUCGCCCCUGGAGCUGAGUCCGCGCUCGGAGAGCAGCAGCGACUGCUCUUCACCAGCCUCACCAGGAAGGGACUGUCUGGAGACGGGCACCCCAAGGCCUGGCGGGGCACCAGGCCCAGGUUUGGACUCCCACCUGCAGCCUGGGCAGCUCUCAGCCCCAGCCCAGUCGCGCACCGUGACCUCCUCCUUUCUGAUCAGGGACAUCCUUGCCGACUGCAAACCACUGGCGGCCUGUGCACCCUACUCUAGCAGCGGGCAACCGGCCGCCCCUGAGCCUGGGGGCCGUCUUGUGGCCAAGGCUGGGGAGGACUUUAGAGACAAGCUGGACAAAAGUGGCAGUAACGCCUCGUCGGACUCUGAGUAUAAAGUGAAGGAGGAGGGCGACCGCGAGAUCUCCAGCUCCCGGGACAGCCCGCCAGUGCGCCUGAAGAAGCCCCGCAAGGCGCGCACGGCCUUCACUGACCAUCAGCUGGCGCAGCUGGAGCGCAGCUUCGAGCGACAGAAGUACCUGAGCGUGCAGGACCGCAUGGAGCUCGCCGCUUCACUCAACCUCACCGACACGCAGGUCAAGACCUGGUAUCAGAACCGGAGGACUAAAUGGAAGCGACAGACGGCAGUCGGGUUGGAGCUGCUGGCGGAGGCAGGCAAUUACUCAGCGCUCCAGCGGAUGUUCCCGUCGCCUUAUUUCUACCCGCAGAGUCUAGUUUCCAACCUGGAUCCCGGCGCCGCACUGUAUCUGUACCGCGGCCCCAGCGCGCCCCCGCCGGCCCUGCAGAGACCGCUGGUGCCCCGCAUCCUCAUCCACGGACUCCAGGGCGCCAGCGAGCCGCCCCCGCCGCUGCCCCCGCUAGCCGGCGUCCUCCCGCGCGCCGCGCAGCCUCGGUGAAGCGCUCGGCCGCCUUCCCGGGGCUCUGCGUGGGCCCCUUCCGCCUGCCCUUCGGGGGGCGCGAGGUUUCAACGCCCCUUCCCCGGGGCCCCCUGGCCGGCCCUCCAGCCAG